AUGAGUGGAAUGUUAAAGAAACGUGGUGGUGGUGGAGGUGCACCAAGAGGUAGAGGUGGAAUGUCAAGAGGUGGCGGUCGUGGUGGAAUGUCAAGAGGUGGCGGUCGUGGUGGCGGUGGAGCACCAAGAGGUAGAGGUGGAGCAAGAGGAAGAGGUAGAGGUGGUUAUCAAAAGCAAUCGAGAGAUACCGAAGAAGAGGAAUACAACCCAUUGUCAUAUCAUCAGAUGGCAGGUGAUAGCGAUGACGAAGAAAACGACGCUCCAGAUCUAAACAUGGUGGAUAACAAACUCGCCAAGAACUUCCAAGACGAGGAGAUCGAAGAUGAUGAAGUCGAACAGAAUGACUCUGACGAUGAUAUGUAUGGUGAUUCUCUGUUUUCAAAGAGAUCAAAGAAUAAAUACGAAGAGGAUAAAGAAUAUGACGGUGUUGAAUAUAUUGAUUUUACAGAUCUUUUGGACGAUGAUAAUAUGGAGAGUUUAUCGAGAAAGAAGCAGAAGAAGUCGACACCAAGUCAACCUGCUAAACCACAACAAAAACCAACUCCAAAACCAGUUGCCAAACAACAAGCACAACAAAAAACGACUACAACAACUUCAACUCCAAAACCAACUACAACAACUACUACAACAAAAGUUACCAAGAAACAACAACCAAUCUAUGAAGAUGAUGAGGAUUCCGAUGUUGAUGAAGAAGAUGAAGAGGAUUUCGAUGAAGAAUUACUAAAUGGUGAUGACGAUGAUGACGAACUCAUCAGUGGUGAUGAAGAAGAAGAAGACAAUGAAAUCGUCUCUGGAGAUAGUGAACAAGAUGAAGAUGACUCUGACGAUGAUGAAUUAUUUGAUGGGGAGGAAUUCGAAGAUGAUGGAAUGGAUGAAGAUGAGCAAGAGGAUGGUGAACAUGGUAAACUUGUAUCUGUCAUCGAUGGACUCAAUACCAACACCAAACUAAAGAGUUCCAACAACAACAAACUACCAGAAUUAACAGAAUACUUUGGUGAUGAAUCAGAGUUUGGAUUACAACCAACUCAAGAUGGUAUGAAUACAAUGUUAUUGUUUUUGUUAUCCUAUUUAAAUAUUCUUACUAAUUAG